AUGUCAAUAGCAAAGAAAAAGAAGUUGGCAAGACGACAGCGACAUGAAGAGCUGAAGGAGCGAGGUAGGUUAAUUCAAGCACGACUUCGUGCCACUGCGGAUGAAGAAAUUGAGUAUGUAUUACCUGAUGAUGACAGUGAUGUGGAUGGUAUUUCAUCGUCAACUACUACUGCUGGUGUUGUUGGUAGUGGUAAUGGUGAUGGGGCACAAUCCAAUAACAAUGAAAAUGCCAAUGAGGAAGAGGAUGAGGAUCGUGUACAUCUUCCCUCUGUAAAUGUGAAUGAUACGCAGAAGAAAUCUGGAGCAUCUACCCGUCGCCGCACAAAGGUCUCAUGGGAGACUUUAAAACUCACCGUGGCGGAGCGUUACGGCCCUGAGGUGGCCGCUGUUGUGUCGGAACACGAUGGGAAUGCCGAGGACCCGUAUUUCACGGUUCUCAUGAAGUCUGUGCGGAACACGGUGCCGGUUCCCCGCCACUGGAGUCAACUGCGUGCGUUCCUGUCGAAUCAGGCGGACCGUGAGCGGGCGACGGACAUUGUCCCUCCAGAGAUUGCGGCCCUCGGCGUGGAGCGGAUCCGAGCGACGCGCGACAAGAAGGCGAAUCCCGAUCAGAUUGCCUUUGUGACGUGUUUCCUCUCCGGCACGCCGCUCUCGCGCCGUCGCUUCCACGUGGUGCUUUCGCCCUUUGGCGAUGUCUUCCACGAGGGGAAGUGGCUGCCCCGGACGCUGGUGGAGCCCGGCCGGCUGUCGGCGCGGCUGCGGGCGGCGCUCGGGAUGACGGCCCACGCCCCCCCGCCGUGGCUGUACGGCAUGCAGGCGAUGCGGCGCCUCCCGCCGGCGUACCCCGCGCUGCGCGUCCCCGGCCUCAACGCCCCGAUCCCGCCGGGCGCCCAGUGGGGCAGCGGGGAGGGACAGUGGGGCCAGCCGCCCCGCAACGAGAACAACACCUUUCUCUUCCCAGGCGUCAUGGAGGAGGCAGCCGCAGAGGAGGUCCCACACGUCUACUGGGGCACCGUACCCCCACUCGUCACAAGCACCACCAACACAGCAACAACAACAACGGGCACUUUGUCAUCAGCGGCAACGACGCAGCAGCAGCAGAACGUACCUCCACCACCACCGCCACAGAAUAUGGCAACCACAGGGGCGAAACCGGUCAUCAAUCCUGUUCCCUUUCACCCACAGGCGUAUACACCAGCAACUGCCAUGCGAUAUGUGCCAACCGUGCCCCAGGAAUAUGUCCGUGUGCAAGAUAGCACAAUGGGUGCCACUGUAGCGUUGGGAUCAGUAUUGGUGCCCAAAACAGCUGCAGGACCAACACCCCCCGUAGCACCUUCACAAGUACCGGAUAAACGUCCUGUGCCACCACGACCACCGACGAAGUUUUAA